AUGAGCUGCAUCCUGGAUUCCAUGUGUGAUGAUGGGAGCAUACGAACAGAUGAUGGGACUUUCUCCACCCCCUCUGGUCUUCGGAGUUCCCAGUCUCUCAUCCGUCCUUCCAUCCAUCCUUCCCUCUCCUCUCUCCCUCGAUCCCACGCCACCUGGAGCCAGCGAGCCGUGGCACCAGAGGAGGGGAGCCAGAGAGGGGUGGGGGGGGGUUGUGUGGAGGGGCAUGUGGAGGGACCGAGAAGAGGGAACACUACAGAGGCCGAGAUGAAGGAGAUGGGGAAAAAGGGGAGGAUAAAAGGCAAGGGAUGA